UCUCCAAGUCCAUAAAGAGUUAGGCAGGAUAGUGCUGAGCCAUCACUGGACAGCAUUAAAACAACCGUCUGUCCAGGGCUGCGUUACAGCCACCCACCGCAGCCCUCCUCUCUGCCACUGCAGUCCCACGUUCUGUACCACUACUGCCCUGUUGGCCGGAUUAACUCAUAGAACGGUGAAAAGACCAAACAGACAUCAUGUCUGAGAAAAAGAUGUCAUCGAGCCGCAAGCAUCAUCUGAAGAGCCUGAUGCUCCAGAUCGCCCAGGAACUGAUAGCGGAAGAGGAAGCCCAGUCUUUAGAGGACAGGAAGCAGUACAUGAGUGAAAAUAUCACUCCUCUGCAGCUCACAGGAUCCAUUGCAGAACUCCAGGACCUGUGUAAGAAGAUGCAUCAGAAGAUUGAUGUGAUUGAUGAGGAGAGAUACGACCUGGGCAGCAAAGUUGGCAAAAGUGACAAAGAGAUUGAGGAUCUGCAGAUUAAAGUACAGGACCUGAAGGGCAAGUUCAAGAAGCCCGUUCUGAAGAAAGUACGCAUGUCUGCUGAUGCUAUGCUCCAGGCUCUGCUGGGCUCCAAACACAAGGUGUCCAUGGAUCUGAGGUCCAACCUGAAGCAAGUCAAGAAGGAGGUCAAGGAGGAGGACAAAGAAUCUGUGGGUGAUUGGCGUAAGAACAUCGAAGACAAAUCAGACAGGAAGAAGAUGUUUGAGACUACUAAGGAGUAGAUGUUCCUGGAGUUCCAGACAGGAAGUUGUUUGAGACUCAUAAGGAGUAGAUGUUCCUGGAGUUCCAGACAGGAAGUUGUUUGAGACUCAUAAGGAGUAGAUGUUCCUGGAGUUCCAGACAGGAAGAUGUUUGAGACGGCUUGAACAACCUUCUGCCUUUGGUUACGAAGUUUUCCAGUUACAACUCGUUUGUUUGUUUGUUUGUUUUUCGUCUCUGGCUAAAUUCAUCUAAGAGGUAGUUCCAUCUCUCUAGGACUGUUGUGGUAUGAUAUCUAAGAGGUAGUUCCAUCUCUCUAGGACUGUUGUGGUAUGAUAUCUAAGAGGUAGUUCCAUCUCUCUAGGACUGUUGUGGUAUGAUAUCUAAGAGGUAGUUCCAUCUCUCUAGGACUGUUGUGGUAUGAUAUCUAAGAGGUAGUUCCAUCUCUCUAGGACUGUUGUGGUAUGAUAUCUAAGAGGUAGUUCCAUCUCUCUAGGACUGUUGUGGUAUGAUAUCUAAGAGGUAGUUCCAUCUCUCUAGGACUGUUGUGGUAUGAUAUCUAAGAGGUAGUUCCAUCUCUCUAGGACUGUUGUGGUAUGAUAUCUAAGAGGUAGUUCCAUCUCUCUAGGACUGUUGUGGUAUGAUAUCUAAGAGGUAGUUCCAUCUCUCUAGGACUGUUGUUAUGAUAUCUAAGAGGUAGUUCCAUCUCUCUAGGACUUGUUAUGAUAUCUAAGAGGUAGUUCCAUCUCUCUAGGACUGUUGUGGUAUGAUAUCUAAGAGGUAGUUCCAUCUCUCUAGGACUGUUGUGGUAUGAUAUCUAAGAGGUAGUUCCAUCUCUCUAGGACUGUUGUGGUAUGAUAUCUAAGAGGUAGUUCCAUCUCUCUAGGACUGUUGUGGUAUGAUAUCUAAGAGGUAGUUCCAUCUCUCUAGGACUGUUGUGGUAUGAUAUCUAAGAGGUAGUUCCAUCUCUCUAGGACUGUUGUGGUAUGAUAUCUAAGAGGUAGUUCCAUCUCUCUAGGACUGUUGUGGUAUGAUAUCUAAGAGGUAGUUCCAUCUCUCUAGGACUGUUGUGGUAUGAUAUCUAAGAGGUAGUUUCAUCUCUCUAGGACUGUUGUGGUAUGAUAUCUAAGAGGUAGUUCCAUCUCUCUAGGACUGUUGUGGUAUGAUAUCUAAGAGGUAGUUCCAUCUCUCUAGGACUGUUGUGGCAGGUGUUAAUUAAUGUGUGUAAUCAAAACAAUCUGUAGUUCUGUUAAGUCAUUUUGUUCCAAUUCAAUUUCUGAAAAUAAACGA